AUGCCCGACCGAAACACGGCGGCCGGCGCUCGGAGGAGAAGGUCUAGCAGCAUCCUCCAGGUCUACCAUGAGCCUCCCGAGACUCUCGAGCAGAUUAGCGACCAGGCUUCCCUCCCUAACCUCAACGCCAACUGGACCAACGCCAAAGGUGCCUGGACUAUCCACAUUGUCCUGAUCGCUUGCUGCAAAAUCAUCUACGAUGCUCUCCCUGGCGUCUCCCAAGAGACCUCGUGGACACUGACCAACAUGACCUACAUGUUUGGCUCCUACAUCAUGUUCCACCACGUCCGUGGCGUUCCUUUCGACUUCAACAGCGGCGCCUUUGACAACCUCAAUAUGUGGGAGCAAAUCGACAAUGGCGCCCAGUACACGCCUACCAAAAAAUUCCUUUUGGGCGUCCCCAUUGCCUUGUUCCUCGUCAGCACUCAUUACACACAUUACGACUUGACUUAUUUCAUUAUUAACUUGCUUGCUGUCUUGGGUGUUGUCAUUCCCAAGUUGCCGUUUGUGCGUUCCCGCCGUCUCAACCCUUUUCCAGCCGUCUGCCUGCAUCAAGUCAUCGGAUGCGAUUCGGGCUCUUCUCAGGUGUUCCGGAGGAUUAGGAAACGGAUGAGGAAGCACAAUGACUACUACUACGGACCGAACUUGCUCGACUGGCGUCAGGGGCGUUAG